AGGAAGCCGGUGGCCGACCCGUCAGCAGCCGGCGGCGGCCUCGAGGGGCGGCGCUGCGCUGCUCCCUGCGAACCGGUGCCGCGGCCAGGCGGGUGGCCAGCCCAAGGGCGCGGCGCCAUGAAGCUGUACAGCCUAAGCGUCCUGUAUAAAGGCGAGUCCAAGACGGUGCUGCUCAAGGCCGCAUACGAUGUGUCCUCCUUCAGCUUUUUUCAGAGAGCCAGCGUUCAGGAGUUCAUGACCUUCACAAGUCAGCUGAUUGUGGAGCGCUCAGGAAAAGGCAGCCGAGCUUCUGUGAAAGAACAAGAAUAUCUGUGCCAUGUCUACGUGAGAAAUGACAGUCUUGCGGGAGUGGUCAUUGCUGACAGUGAAUACCCAUCCCGGGUGGCUUUUACCUUGCUAGAGAAGGUACUAGACGAAUUCUCCAAGCAGGUCGACAGGAUAAACUGGCCAACUGGAUCCCCUGAUACCAUCCAGUACACAGGCCUGGACAGUCACCUCAGUAGAUACCAGAACCCCCGAGAAGCUGACCCCAUGACUAAAGUGCAGGCUGAACUGGAUGAGACCAAGAUCAUCCUGCACAACACCAUGGAGUCUUUAUUAGAACGAGGUGAGAAGCUCGAUGACCUGGUAUCCAAAUCCGAAGUGCUGGGAAUACAGUCUAAAGCCUUCUAUAAAACGGCCCGAAAACAAAACUCGUGCUGUGCAAUCAUGUGAUGGCCGCCAGCAGAAGCCCCUGCGCUGGAACGUCACCAUCAUUCACACCGGAACCACGGCCCCCCAGGAAGCAGAGCCACUUCGCAACAACCCAAGUGGGACAGAUUCAACUUCGGCUUUAGAGCUCCUGGGAGAAACCGAAGGGUGGAUGGGGACCUGGGGGUGGGGAACGUUCAAAUUCACAUGCCUAGUUAUUUUUGAAAAGAUACUGAGGCCCCUAAAUGUGUAUUUGGGGGCCAAAUGGAACCAUAAAGCUCAGUGACUUUGUAGAUGCUGCAGGGCUCGUUUCUAAUCCCCUGGGAAGGAUGUGGGCCCCCGACUUGUGCAAGGCCCAUGGGGGGUUCAGAGCCAGCUGUUUGUGGAUCUUCACAUGUUUGGGUUUUGUCUGUAUACUAACUAUUAACACUACAGGGAGCAGGGUGCCCUGACUCCAGGACUGGGGAGGGACAGCCACUGUGGGGCUGCAAUGGGCGUGGGGGCGGGGUGGGGGGCUCAGGCCAGUGCUUCCAUGUUGGGAGGAGACAGCUACUGGACUUACAAAUUCUGAGACCUGGUUUGCAUUCCUGCUGAGGUUGACUUUGACUUUCUGCGAUACCCAUCCAGCAAGCAAGUUCCAUCAAGAGCCCUAGAAGUUGGGGAGGAGGCGCUUGCCCCGACUUGCCAAUUGACUUUGAGCAUCUGGAUCAGAGCACAUGUGCUGCGGUCUUGUGAAUGGUUGUCACUUGCCUCUCUGGUGACAAGAAAGACUGUUCUGACAAUCACCUGGGACUUACGUCUUAGCAAGUGACCUUCACUGUGGCCACCAUUACAGGCACCAAGAGAAGAUGCCAGCCAGCCUGGGGGUCCCAGCAUCCACUUGUGGGCUGAGCUGUCCACAUUCCAGCCCAACCCCCGGCAGACACACUGCUGAGCACCACUACCCCGCCCCCGCCCCCAGCAGCAUGAGGCCUAUGGCUCCGAGGCCCAGCCCUCAAAACAGGUGCAGGGGGCAACCCACGCAGUAGCCCAGGAGGUCCCAGGCUCUUGUCAGCCUUGCUGGUCCCUCGGGCCACACUGCCAUGUUGUAAACCGCCUCCUAGUGCCCUGCUGCGCUUCCUGAGGACACAGGCUCAAGACGCACCCUUGAGACUUAGUCUCCUUGGAUGCCCGUCUUGGAGUGGCAUCAACCAGUGUGGUCUCAUCCUCAGCUGUGCUUCCCUGAGCCCUCUGUUCUUGCCCUGUCGAGGAGGUCCACUGCCCCGACAGGAAGUGCCUGUGGCCCUGAAUGCCCUGGCAUGGGCCAGAAGUGGGAUCUGCGUGGCCUCUGAGGACCCACCCUAAGACACUUACCUGUCAGCUGCUCAUUUUCUCUGGGCACUGUGCCGCCAGAGAACUUGGUCUAAAAGUAGCUUACCCAACGUGAGUUCUGCCAUGUUUACCCUUGAAAGGUGCAGACCUGGCCUGCUCACUGGUCUCUGAAGUGGCCAUGACCACCUCUUAGGGAUGAUUGAGAGUUGUCUGACUCCCACUUUGGAAGGUACUGGGGUUGGGGGGGUGGGGGGUGGUCAAGAUUGGGAAGAGGGUGGCAAGGGUGGGUAGGGCUGGCCGAGACCUCUGCAUCCACCCUUCUCCCAGCUCCUCUUGUCUUCUAAUGUUAAAUCAUUUGGCAAAGUGUAUUUUAAUAACUGCUGCCUAACUUUUCUUUGUGUUCUGUUUGGAAGGUUCCUGUCUGGAUAAAGUUGUCUUUUGAAAUUCCAAAA